AUGGCGCCCAAGCUCCCCGCCGUUCUCCUCGCUGCCUGCGCCGUCAUCCUAGCGCUCGCCACGCCGCUGCUCGCCGGCGACCCCGACACGCUCCAGGACAUCUGCGUCGCCGACUACAAAUCGCUCGAAGGCCGUGAGUGCAUCGGCCAUUUCACUUUGUUCAUCCUACAUUCCUACAUGUGCAUUGGCGUUGCAUUACUGAUUGGAACGAACGUGUUUGUAAUAAUUGCCCAUUCAGCGCUGCGGUUGAACGGGUUCCCUUGCAAGCGCAAGGCGAAUGUGACGGCGGACGACUUCUUCUUCGGCGGGCUGGGCAAGGCCGCCGACGUGUACUCGGACAACCCGAUGGGGUCUGCGGUGACGGCGGCGGACGUGGCGGUGUUCCCGGGGCUCAACACCCUGGGCGUGUCCAUGGCGCGCACGGACUUCGCGCCGUCGGGCGGCGUCAGCCCACCGCACGUGCACCCGCGCGCCACGGAGAUCCUCUUCGUCGUGGAGGGCACCCUCGAGGUGGGCUUCGUCACCGCGGCGGCGAACCGGCUCUUCAGCCGCACCGUCGGCAAGGGAGAGGUGUUCGUGUUCCCCCGCGGCCUCGUGCACUUCCAGCGGAGCGUCGGGGACGCGCCCGCCGUGGCGAUCUCGGCGUUCAACAGCCAGCUGCCUGGCACGCAGACGGUCGCCGGGGCGCUGUUCGGCGCUGCGCCGACGGUGCCGACGGACGUGCUGGCGCGGGCGUUACAGAUCGACGGUGGAGUGAUCGAGAACAUCAAGUCCAAGUUUGCGCCCAAGUAG